UAUUUGAAGAAAAUGGAGGGUUUUAUUUUAACAACGCUGAAGAAAUUAGCAAAAUCAAAUUGAAUGUGACCGAUCUACCAGAAUAUGUACACAAUCUAUGUUUUAAGGACCUAGAAGAAGAAUUUCAGAAAAUUCCAUACGGUCUUGUGAAAGCCUAUGGCGUUUCACAAACAAAACUUAACUUGCACAAAAAUAGGUACAGAGGACUCUACCCGUAUGAUGAUACGCGAGUUUUAGUUCGCGGUGGAGAAACAGACUACAUUAAUGCAAGCUUUAUAGACGGAUUCAAAAGGCGAAAUGCAUAUAUUGCUACAUUGGGUCCAAUGACUAAGCAGCUCGGCGAUUUCGGCCAAUUCUGGCGAAUGGUCUGGCAACAGAAAGUGGAGAAGAUUGUCAUGGUGACUAACUUGGUAGAGGGAAAGAAAACUAAAUGCGAGCAAUAUUGGCCUGAUCAUUACCAAAGAAAUAUGUUCGGCGAUAUAAAGGUUGUGUGCAAGGAUGAAAAACUGUACAAAGAUUUUAUUUGGAGAAACUUUACUCUUUUUAAGAAUUCUAAGAAACGAAGUCUACAUCAUCUACAGUUUACGAGCUGGCCAGACAAGGGCGUCCCUGAUGAUGUCACAUCAUUUAUAGAGUUUAGACAGAGGGUUAAUGCCUUGGCGAGUACUUUCGAUGGACCAGUAGUUGUGCAUUGCAGUUCUGGCGUAGGAAGAACGGGAACCUACAUAGCUCUAGACAUUCUUACAAAAGAGGGUGAGGCAGAAGGAGCUAUAGAUAUCCUGGGAUGCGUUCUCAAUAUGAGACAAAACAGACCCAACAUGAUUCAGACCUUGAGUCAAUACAAGUAUAUUCACCAAGCUUUGGUCCAUACAUUGACUCCUGAUCGUGUGUUUAUACACACGUUUAUAAGAAGAGAACACUUCAGUCAAUAUAUGGACAAAUCAAGUAAACAGGAGAUACAGAAGCAGUUUGAGAGAAUGCAGUCGGAUCAUGAGAAAAAGCCGGAUAAUGAAUUGUUAGCUACGGAACAGAAUCGGCUCCUGGCAAAAAAGAACAGGAAACACGCGGAUAUACCAGGUAUCUCCAAAAGACCGCAUCUGAAUCUGUUCAUGAAUACAGACGAAUCCGAUUACAAAAAUGCGAUAUGCAUCGACGGUUUUAAAACAAAGAACCGCUUCUUGGUUGCAAAAACACCUCUGCCCGACACAGUUAACGAUUUCAUUGCACUUACUGUUCAAGAAAACUGUUCCUGUAUCGUUAGUAUGGAGGCACACCUGGAAAAGCAUAAGAGAAUUGGCUUAUACUUUCCUGGUGACAAUCAAACAAUGAAGAAGGGAAUAAUUUCCGUACAAGCAAACACAGAUCAAAGGGCAAGAAACUUCGUUAAAAGAAUGCUGCAUUUCAAGCACGAAGGAACGACCAAGAAAGAUGUGACAAUUCCACACUUUCAAUAUUUGGACUGGGAUACAAAGCACAACGUUCCUAAAUCGACAAAAAGCUUCGUUGCCUUCAUCAAAGAGAUUGAAGCCGUAUCCAAAUCCUCUAACCUGAGUGGACCGAUACUAUUGCAUUGUCUAAACGGUGCUGGAAAGAGCGGCCUUUUUUGUGUUGUCUCGAUAUUACUUGAACAAUUGGAUGAAGAUAAUGAAGUCAGUGUGGUCAAUGCGGUGAAAAAAGUCAGAGCUGGAAGACCGCUCGCUAUUCCAGAUAAGGAACAGCUUUACUUCUGCUACGAGUGUGUUCUCCAUUCCGUGAACGAAACCGAUAAAGCUGUGUAUUACAACCUAAGAGGUGAUAUCCAGAGAAAAUGAACACGGCUGACCAAUUCGGCGCAAUGACACACGUAGUGUUAACCUUGACUCGAAAGCAUGAAAGUGUAUAAAUUUAAUAGUCAAAUGAUGACAUAUUAAGUAAUGUUUUUCAAUACGUUGAGACAUGAUGGAAAAAUGGAAAUUAUUUCCAUGUAACUUUAUUGCAACACUAUAUCACCUUCAUAGUAUUUCACCUGCUAAUAUAAACAUUGUAUUGUUAAUCCGUUGUAUUUGGUUUGACUGCAUAUAUCCCUGCUUUUAUUACUUUAACCAUAUUGUAGAGUGUUUUCUUGUUAUGUUUUUAAAUGAUUCUCUCUAGUCUCAAUUUCUCAAAGCAUAACUCACUUAAGUAUCUUAUUUUAUUUGGUAAAGUUACUUACUUAGAUAUGAUUUAAUAAAACCAAAAGUAGCUUAUCUUAUUGCUCUCAAAUAUUAUUUUCUGUACAAAACCCAUUACUCUUUAAAAAGAGAAUAUUUCUUGAUACAAACCAAAUCCAAAAUAAUCUUGAGCUUGAUCCUGUUAUGCGGGACUUCAGAUGUCUUGAGAAAUUCUGGUGGAGAAUUUCAAACAGGCAAUGUUUUAUAUGCAGGCGGACAGUGUCAACAAUUGAAAUUGAUUAGUAACAAAGGUAUUGCAAUAUAUGCACGCUACUUAUAGCUUGGUUAGCUUGCCUAAAUGUUACAGAAAACAUUCUACAUCAAAUCCUCGUGAGUGAAAUUAUUCAAACUAUUAUUACUAUCAUGUUAUUUAUGUAUAUACAAUUAUAAAUUUCAUUGUGUUUUUGCAAGGGCUUUGUACAUUCUACUUUGAAUACACACUUUCUUUGUAAAUUGUUAAAAAUAGACAUAAGGAAUAGUUUUUUAUUUGUUGUUGUAUUUAACAAGGGUUUUUACGUAUGUUUAAGUGUUGUAAGCGUUUAUAUGUAAAAUAGCAUUUCAUAAGUUUUAUUGUUCAAUCAGGAAAUGUAUUGAAGGAGCAGAUGUGCACGCAAUGGUGGAGUUUAUGAAUUAUGUACAGCUGUGUAUAUCUUUGUGCAGUACUGUUGCUUAACAGCUUAUAUUACUAUUUUGUAUUGUAAUUUGAAAGAAAUCAUUUCAAUGAAUUACUUAAUUUUCUAAAUACUUUGAAGUGUCCAAAUAAUGAACUUGAAAUAAUUAGUAUUAUUAAAUAAACGAUAAGUCUACAGCCUCUCAGGUGUCAAG